UUCAACGAAGAUGGUGCACUGCCGAAUUUCAUACGUGAAACUGAAACGAAUUCAUCGUGUCCAUGUAAAGAGGAACAAGCGAAAUUGGAUAUUGGUCGUUUCAUGCCUCAUCCCAGAUGCUCUCAGAUGUUCCGAGAUGUGACGUGCACUGAGACACUCGGCUCGAGAAACUGCUAUAUGAGUGCACAAAACGUUCAAGGAGCAUACUACGAUAGUAGUUUACCGGUUGGACAUGAAAGUUCAUACUCAACGCAUUAUGGACAAGUGUGUUGCUACGAUGAUCAAGGGUAUUUGAUGCAAACCAGUUAUCAGCCAGUCAUUCAAAUCGAUGAAUCUACGCCCUAUAGUCCUGGCUUUCCGAUGCGAGCCUAUGAGUUCGGCACGCGACCUUAUCAAGGAAUGUUUGAGGUGCCUGGUCUGAGCGCAUUUCAUCACGACACCAUGCCAUAUUAUUUAUGCUGUAAAUAUUCAGACUUUCGUUGUCAAAUGUUCUACUGGCGUAGACCAUCGAGUGCUUGUCAACAAUAUCAGCCCGCUGCGAUCGGUUCGUCAACUGCAAAAAUAUCACGCUUUCUUCACUUCACGCAUUAUUCGACCAAUGAAUAA